AUGUCACCUUCACCUGCCCCUGUAACACAGACUUCUGAGGCGAGUCAUUCUCAAAGGGGCACAGAGUUCAGUCCCAGCACAACGAAAACCAUGACUCUGGGUCCAAAGACCUCUAACAGCCUGGAGACUGGACCCAUCCCACGUCGUGACACUCUCUCAGAAGGCUUCACAAUGAGCCCAAACAGCAGGAUUACGUCUGAUCCGACGCCACUAACAGCCAGUCGACCACCAUGGAUCCCAACGACAACAAGAGCAAAUAAAAUCUCCCGUAGGAUCCUGCCGAGUGUUAUCCCUAGCACAAUUCCAGGAUCCACAAACCCAAAUCAAGCUUCCAAUACUGACUUGCAAGCUGAGAUAAUUCCCAAUAUUGAGGAAAGAGCAGCCAAACAAAUUCCAGUUCCAGACACUAUUAUGAUUCCAGUCCCAUCUCCCAGUACUCAAAGAUCUACCACAAACAAAUAUAUUUCACCUGUUCAUGACACUGGAGGAAGUGAAACAACUAGCAUAACAACAAGACCUAUCCAAAAGCCUAUAGCAGUAUUAACAGAAAAUUCAGAUGAAAAUCCUUUGACCGAGCCUGUAUCUGAAAAAGACUCAACACCCGGACAAAAGCUUACUCCUGAUCGGGCCCUGAUCAAACCCCCUGAUCAAGAGAAGAAAUCCAGUGAGAAAAUCCCUAAAAUAAACCAAAAUCCUAAACCCAAUGAAAAACAUACAGAUCUUGUGAUAGGACAAAAGCCUAAACAAAAGAGGAAGCCUAAACCAGAACAACGCCCACAAACCAAUCCAGGGCUUAGAACCCUUCGACCCGACCAAAUGCCUGAACUUAACCCCAAAACUUUGCCUAAAGCAGAAUCCAACAAAACAUCUAAAUUGAGGCCUACACCCAAAGGCAGGCAACCAAUCAGACCUAAAAUCAGGCCAGGAGCAACACAUGUUAAACGACCAGAACCAGCAGUGCCCCAAAAACCAAGUCUGAAGAUAAAAACAGAUUUAGAUCCUCUACAAAUCAGUGAGACUACUUUAAACAACAUCAAAAACUCUGAAACCGACACGUCACCUUCACCUGCCCCUGUAACACAGACUUCUGAGGUGAGUCAUUCUCAAAGGGGCACAGAGUUCAGUCCCAGCACAACGAAAACCAUGACUCUGGGUCCAAAGACCUCCAACAGCCUGGAGACUGGACCCAUCCCACGCCGUGACACUCUCUCAGAAGGCUUCACAAUGAGCCCAAACAGCAGGAUUACGUCUGAUCCGACGCCACUAACAGCCAGUCGACCACCAUUGAUCCAAACGACAACAAGAGCAAAUAAAAUCUUCCGUAGGAUCCUGCCGAGUGUUAUCCCUAGCACAAUUCCAGGAUCCACAAACCCAAAUCAAGCUUCCAAUACUGACUUGCAAGCUGAGAUCAUUCCCAAUAUGGAGGAAAAAGCAGCCAAACAAACUCCAGUUCCAGACACUAUUAUGAUUCCAGUCCCAUCUCCCAGUUCUCAAACUACCUCCACAAUCAACCCUAACCUCAGGUCAACCACCCCCAAGCCCCUGGCGGAUGAGUCUUCCACUCCUAGUGCAAGGGAGCUGCGUGUGAAGAUCAAACAGGUGGCUGCCUUCUUCAAUAACAGCCUGAGUCCAAAUGGAAGGCCACUGGAUAGCCAUCCAAAACAUCACGCAGAGGACAACCAGGGCGGCAGCAGGCCUGACAGCAAACUACCAUCUAAAGUUACGAGAGAUUGCUCCGACUACUUGGCAAAAGGAGCAAAAAAAAGCGGGAUGUACCUGGUGACCCCUGACCUCCGCAGCAGAAGCUUCCCGGUCUUCUGUGACAUGCAGCUGGAUGGAGGAGGGUGGACGGUCCUGCAGCGCCGACAGGACGGCAGCGUGAGCUUCAACCGCACCUGGGCAGAGUACAGAUUGGGCUUUGGGGAGUUGGACAAAGGGGAAUUUUGGCUGGGGAACAAUAUGAUCCACAUGCUGACCCGGGCCAGGAAUAUGGUGCUGAGGGUGGAGCUGGAGGACUUUGGCGGUGUGAGGGAGUAUGCACAGUACGAGUCCUUCAGUGUGGCAAGUGAACGGGGGCGCUACAGACUGACGGUGGGCAAUUACUCGGGUACUGCAGGUGAUGCUCUGCGCUUCAGCAAAAGUUAUGAUCACCACAACAGGGCGUUCACCACGCCGGACAGGGACCACGACCGCUAUCCAUCCGGGAACUGCGGGGCCUACUACAGCUCCGGCUGGUGGUUUGAUGCCUGCAUGGCUGCAAACCUCAACGGGAAGUACUAUGUUGGGAAGUACAAGGGAGUCCGGGAUGGUAUUUUCUGGGGCACUUGGCAGAACAUAUCUUCAGAGUAUUACCCCACUAAUGACAGACAGUCAUUUAAAACUGUCAGGAUGAUGAUCAGGCCAAGAGGCCUUGCGCCAUUAGCUGGGACUCUCUACCAGGGCAUGUUUUAAAAUAAAAUGAAGGGUCCAACUAACAAUACUCCUUACAAUUUAAUAAACCUAGUACAGCCUCCACACUGAUAACUAUUAACACAAUGCUGCCGCUGUGUGGUCUUUUAAUCUGCAAAACGAAUUUGUUUACAGGAAAGUAUGACAAUAAGUGAGGAUGUACAUAGUUGUGGUUAUAGUCAUGAUUGCAUAUUAGCCUACAUUUUUACAAGCUUAUAAUAAUAAUAUUUUUUUAUAUCGCUGAAUUUGUUCAAUGACGAUAGAGAGAAAAUUCUCUUGUAAAGAGUUAUGACGGGUAUGUAGCAACAGAGAAUGAUAUUUUGUAUUAUUGUAGUACUGGAAAGCCAGUUGAUAGUUAAUAAAAGCUGUAUGGAUUGUUUUUUAAUAGAGA